CUUGCGGUCUUUACAACUGUGUGUUUUUUCUAACUCUAGUAUCAAUAUGGUAGACGAAGUAACGAAGAAAACUCUUAGUAAUAUUCCAUUACUCAAAACUAAAGCUGGUCCAAGGGACAAAGAUCUAUGGCCUACACGUCUUAAAGAAGAGUAUCAAUCACUUAUAAAGUAUGUACAAAACAACAAAGAUGCAGACAAUGAUUGGUUCAGACUGGAAUCCAACAAAGAUGGCACCAGAUGGUUUGGCAAGUGUUGGUAUAUUCAUGAAUUGCUGAAGUAUGAGUUUGCUAUUGAAUUUGAUAUUCCAGUGACAUACCCUACUACAGCACCAGAGAUAGCCAUUCCUGAAUUAGAUGGGAAAACUGCAAAGAUGUAUAGAGGAGGAAAGAUUUGCUUGACUGACCAUUUUAAGCCCCUAUGGGGUCGAAAUGUUCCAAAAUUUGGCAUAGCACAUGCCAUGGCACUUGGAUUGGGACCUUGGCUAGCAGUAGAGAUUCCAGACAUGAUUAUGAGGGGAGUGAUUGCUCAUAAAGAUAAAGGAACGGAAUCCUGAUAAUUUUCCAUACAUGUACUAAAUAUUUUUGUUUUGUAAGGCUACUUGGGUUUCUUACUUUAACUACAAUAUGCUAAUAGAACUAAAAUAAUGUUAAUAUACUUUGUAUAUGUGUAAAUAUAUUGCAUAGGUUUUGCACAUAAAAUUAUGUUACUUUAUUAUCAAUAAAAAAAAACCAGCAAAUCUAUGUUAAUAUGAAGCCUACUGGUACUUAACACUUCUUCAAAGCACUAUUAAAGAAAAACAUUUUCAUUA